GGGAGGCUGACGGAGGAGCUGGUUGCACUGGGCGGGGGUUUCAGUCGUUGGUUUUUCUGUCCGGUUUUAUGCGGGCGUGAAGGCAUGUUGAUAAUCGGCUCAGUAAUGAGGAGAGGCACAGAACGGCACCAAAUAUCUGACCCCGAUUCCCGGGAGUAGAGCGAGGCAGAGAGAGGGAGUAAGUGUGAGAGAGAGAGAGAGGAGGAAAGAGGCAUGUGAAAAAGGGGUGGAGGGGAGCUGAGAUUUAGUGCCCUACUGGAUGAAACAACCCCCCACUAACUAACGGAGAGGGAAAGUAGCCUAAUGGGAAGAAAAGAGGGGGUGCUGUACCGUUCAUUUAACACUCAAAGACGCGCAGGAAGCAUUUAUCGUUUCCCACAAUGAGAUCAGAAAAGGGGUUUGCUGUCUGCUAUAAAGCCUAGGGCCCUGAACAACAGAAAUAAACAACACAACAAACAUAGUGCCAGUACAAAACCAAGAAAAAGAAAAUGUCUCGAACCGAAGAGGUCAACAAGAUGACAGAAAAUGUCUAUAAGGGGAUUCUGGACCAGUUCAACCCCAGUCUAAAGAACUUUGUGACCAUGGGGAAACACUACGAGAAAGCCCUGACCGGAGUAACUGUGGCUGCCAAAGGGUACUUUGAUGCUCUGGUGAAACUUGGAGAGCUGGCGAGCGACAGCCAGGGCUCCAAAGAGCUGGGCGACACACUGUUUCAGAUGGCCGAGGUCCACAGACAGAUUCAGGUGCAGCUGGAAGACGUGUUAAAGUUAUUUCACUCUGAGCUGCUCGCCCAGUUGGAGCAGAAGUUGGAACUGGAUAUUAAAUACCUCACAGCCACCCUGAAGAAGUAUCAGAGUGAACGGAGGUCUAAAUCUGAGUCCAUUGAGCGCUGCCAGUCCCAGCUGAAGAAACUGCGCAGGAAGAGUCAGGGCAGUCGCCACCCGAACAAAUAUGGAGACAGAGAGAUGCAGUUUGUGGAGCUGAUGAGUCGUCGUCAGGUCGAGCUGGACACGAUGGUUGCAUCGGGAUACAAGUCUGCGCUCACUGAGGAAAGGAGACGAUAUUGCUUCCUGGUGGAUCGACAGUGCAGUGUCACCAAACUGCUCAUCAACUACCACUCCAAGGUGAGAGAGCUCCUGUCACAGAAACUGUCCUCUUGGCAGCAGUCAUGUUCUCAGCCCACCAAACUCCCCGAGCGCGCUCUGAAUCUCCUGCGUCACACUGCGCCUCAGAGCUCUGGAGCUGCAGGGAUAGCCGAGGUCCUUCGCCACACCAAGAUUGGCUCUGCUCAGCCAGAACAGAGGCUCUCUGUUCAGGAAGUCCCUCCUCUGAUGAACGGAGACUCCAGUCGCUCCCAGCAGCAGCGCUCGAUCCCCUCCUCCUCCUCACAGAGUGACGGCGGUCCUCCUCAGGGCUCCCCCCACACUUUCCGCUCUCUCUCCAGUGGAGGAGCUGCUGCUGGAGGGUCCUCACUAGGAGCCUCUCCUCAGCACACCAGCAGCCCUCUCUCCAGCUCCCUGCCUGAUAGCAGCACCAGCAGCAGCACCAGCCCUUUUACAUCCACACCAACCACGUCCAGCGGCUCAGCCCAGCAAGGCUCUCUCCUGCUGGCCGCCAACACAUCCAACCUCUCCCCGAGCCUCAUCCCCUCCAUGGUGAUGACUCUCAGCCAGAUCUCUCCGGCCGGCAGCUCCUUGCAUGGCAUGACCCUCCCCAUCGCCCAUAGUGCUCCUCACAGCCCUCCUCUGCCCCACAGUGCUCCUCUGUCCCGGGCCAUGACUCCUGUGCAGUUACUGCACCAACAGGUGGGACCAGGAGGGAGCAAUGCUUCCACCCCGUCACAUAACCCCUGGCUGCUGAAGACCGCUGACAUUAGUGCAACAGCAACACUUCCACUGCCGAGGAGACCUAACAGUGAAAUGAGGCUGGGCGGCUUUCAGGGCUCCACACUCCCCAGGAUGCUGCCUUUAUCUGGACCCAAUCGUGUGGAAGCCAUGUUUGCUCACAAUCCUGGAGCAUCGGAGGCAGGAGGUGGCGCAGGAGGUGGCGCAGGAGGUGGCGCUGGAGGCGGGGCUAGUUUACUGCACUUCCUGCCUGGUGACAACAUCUCCCUGCUCAUCUCUGAGGCCAGAGAUGGGUGGCACUACGGUCAAAAUGAACGAACCGGACGGAAAGGCUGGUUCCCUUUCUCCUACACGCAGUCACACCACAGCACGCUCGAUCACCUGGAGAGCUCUCUCUUCUUAUCUAAGGCUAACAGCACCAGCACCGGCCAGCUCGACAAGCUAGUGUCUCCAGGUCUCCCGGCCCUCACCCCCGAUUCAGAGGAGGAGCACUCCCUUCCUCCCCAGAGGGUCAGCACCUUCCGCCCGCGCCCGUACAGCAUGGCCGAUAGCAGCAAGAUCACUGCUGAAUUGGUUUCUCCUCCACCCUCCCCAACCUCAAGGGCCAAUCCAUUUGCCCAUGUUCGACUCAGAAGAACUGUCACCAACGAUCGCUCAGCUCCCAUCAUUGAGUAAGAGUUUUAUUCCCGCUGCUGCAGCAGCGUCCUGUUCUCUGUGGUUUGUCAGUCCAGCAAACCUCAGGUUGAAUCCUGGAAACAUCCCAUUGAUUCAUGUUGAUUAUUUACUUUGGUUGUUCUUUUUUCACUAACUAAAUAAAUAAAAACUGUGUCUUAUGUGAAGGAAAAGAACAUUUUUAAGUUUAAGUAUUAAAGAUUUAUGUGUAAAGGCCUGUCAUAAAUACGAUCAGUUAAUUACAUUUUUAGAUUGUUAAUUUGGAAGAAGACCAUUAUGUGAAAAGUUAAAUGUGGACUUAUACAUAAAUCUAAACUAUUUUAAAUAAAACAGCAGGUAGGCGUUUGGCUGUUAGCCUAGUGUUUCAGAUUGACUCACUGUAUCGUUCAGAAUAAUUAACAUUUCAUUUUUUUCCUGGCUUGUGGAAGAUGCCUCUUAAUAUUCCUUACUGUGUAACAGUGCGAUUUCCUUUAUCGAGAUAACCUUAAUUGUAAUGUUUUUUUUGUGCCAUAUCCAGAACAGUUUUCUUUAUUGCGCUGAUUUAGGGACUGGCUCCUAAAAGCAGGAUGUGAAGUUUCACUGUCAUCAGGUGUUACAGGAAGAGGACAGGCUCCUACUUUUAGAGUGCUAUUACCAGAUUAUAUUUUUUAGAAAAGCUGCCAGAUGUUUUUUUUGGGUUUCAAAUAAGGUGAACUUUUACAUUUUAAUUAAAUGUUUAUUUCAUAGAGUCCUGGCAUAUUUUGUGCUAUAUUUACAUUGACAUUACUAAACAUGGGCAAUGCUACUUGUGUCAGUUAACACUACAUAUUCUGCUACUGUAAAGUUACCUAUAAACAUUUUAAGAAUGUAUAUUAUUUGGAUUAGUGGAAUUCUUUACCAAAUGGAAGAAUUAUAAGACAAGGCGUAAGGGCAAAAAAUGAGAGAAGGAAAUGUUUUGGUUUUUUGUGUUUUGACAAGAGUUUCAGUAUAGGGCCAGAAUCAGAGAUACUGUUUUGUAUAUAAAGGAGUUGUAACAAACCAACAACUACCUUAAGUUUGAUUAUUCAAAUUAUUGAUCACUGAGUUUACAGUUCAAAUACUUGAAGUCCUCUAAAACGCAGAACCAGACAAGCUUAUGAGCUCCACAGAAAUAAACUGUGACAGUUAACGUUGGAGGGUGUUAUUACUGAAGGUGUUUUUCUUUUGUUUUUUUUAAUUAGCAUGUCGUGGAAAGUUUAUUGAGUGAAAAUAGAGAGAUUUACAUGCUUUGGAUUUGAUUUCUUCUUGAUCCCUUUUCAGUCACAGAUUUAAAGCUAGACAACAUCUAGGCUUGUUGAUUGUAGUUGAAUGUUUACCAAUCAGACUGAGCAGAAUCUCAAAGAGAUAUGAAAGCCGUGACGGACGAUAGGACUGAGUUUAAAUGGGAAAUGUUUCUAUGAAAGUGAUGAAGAAAGCAUACGGGAAGUGACCACUGUCUUAGCAAGUGUUUAUGGUAAACUAGAGAUAUCCAAAGUAUUAUUCUAUAGUUCUGUAGUCGCCUCUAAAAAAAAACUGUGGUUUAAAGGUGUUGUAUCCGCACAGCCUUAAAUGGUUUGUGUUCCUGUAGUAACUAACUUCUGUGGCUUUUAGCACCUUGAAGAUUCAAAAUAACGCCCUCAAGGUUUGUAGUAAAUCCUCUCUAACAGCAUUGAUAUUACUUUGAGUAGAAUGGCAUCAUAUAUAAUGGUGGCCACAAAAAUGAUAGAGCUAAUGCUUAUUCAUGCUUGUAAAUAUUGCUUAAAACAUGUGUGAUUGUAUGACUUUUAUUUGACUAUUGUUAUCAUGGUAUUUCACUUUGGUAGAACAUUUUGACUUUGUAAACCUUCUACGCAUCUCAGUUGUAUUUAAACUUUUCUCUCCGACCCUGAACAAGAAAUAACAGUGAUAACAAAGAGUGACGCCUUAUUGGUUUAAAUAGACGUUAAUACUCACACAGGGACUAAGGUCGUUUCAGCUGUCAGUAUUAGUGAUUCAUAAAAAUGAAUAAAACAUUAAUCAAGUUUGAGGCUAAUGAUAAAGAAGGUAUUAUAAGACAAAUAAUGUUUCCCUUGAAGUGCAUACAUAAAAAAAUGCAGAGUGUAGACAUUAAUACAGACUGCUAAUGUAGUAUAUAGAGUAUAUAUGUGAAGUGUGUAAUAUGUUGUAAGAAAUACAUAAAGAGUUUGUUUAAAAUAGAACUGUUAUUUAUAUGUAACAAGAGAUUUAUUGCAAAAUCAAUAGACACAUUUACUGUGUGUACUGAAAGUCUGUUUAAAUGUCUCAAACACUUAUAAUCUGUAUAUUGUGUUCUCAUCAAAUUUAUGAAAAAAGAUGCUUUAACAGGAACUUUUGCAAAGUCCAAAACUCUUCUUCCAAAGUGAAAUAUCAUUUUAACAUUGCACAUCUAUUCACACGGUUCCUCGUUACGUCUAAGAUAUGAAGCGACGUAAACAGAUGUGUCCGUCAGUUCUCUUUAUUGCAUUGCAUUGACAUCCUGGUGACUGCAAAAUAUAUUAUAUUAUGAUAAAUACGCUGAGGAAUACAUUCUUUAUGUGAAACACUGAGUAUUGAUGUGAUGUGAAAUAAAAGUUCUAUGAAAGAAAUAUCUGUCCACAUUUUCUCUGUAUGUUAGAGUUUGUCUGCGGUGGGGCGCCCACAGUGCAUGCAUGAAGCGAGAUAGGUAGAGAAGUUUAAAUGAAUAUCUGAAUCAUCCCAUGUCAUAUCUUAAUUUAGCA